AUCCCGUUCAUUUACGGUCUCUCCUCCUCCUCCUCCUCCUCCUCCUCCUCCUCUUCCUCCUCCCGGUACCCGGCGCGUUGCCCCCUCUCGUCUUCAGCUCGGAGCCGCCGCGGACACUUUGCUGCGCCGCUUUUAAUGCUCAGGUGUGACGGCGGGACACGGACGAUGAUCACUGGGACGCACAUGGCUGGAUGACAUGAUGUUCCUGCCCUUUUCCCCUCCCCCCUCCUCUUCUUUCAUUCCUGUUUUCCUCCGGCUUCUCCUCCUCCUCCUCCCUCCAGCCCUCACCUCCUCUUCCUUCCCCCAAACCCCGUUGAGUUGGACGUCGCCCCACGACCCGUGCUACCACCCCGAUGGCCGUCCCCGACACUGCCUGUCAGAGUUCAUCAACGCCGCCUACGGGAUCCCGGUCAACGCCAGCCACUCGCUGCACGGCCCGGACUCCGACGGCAACGUCGCCACCUUGACGGACCUCCACAACCCCCACAACCUCACCUGCUGGACGGCCGACGCCGGCCCGGACACGGGGGACUGGGUCCUCACCGUUCCGCUGGGCCGGCGCUUCGAGAUCACCUACAUAAGUUUACAGUUCUGCAACCAAGGGGAACCGUCGGAGCCCAUCUCCAUCUCCAUCCUCAAAUCCAUGGACUACGGACGUACCUGGAGGCCCAUGCAACACUAUUCCAGCGACUGCCUUGAGUACUUCAAGCAGCCUUCUCAGACGGUGGCUCAAAGCAGACACCAGGAGACGGAGCCGCUCUGCUCGGACCCCCGUCCGCUGCAGAGGCAGCGGGGCGGCAUGGUGCUGGCCUUCUCCACACUGGACGGACGCCCAUCUUCCCCAGAUUUCGAUUACAGCCCAACCCUCCAGGACUGGGUGACGGCCACGGACAUCCGCGUGAUCUUCCACCACGUGUCCAAAGGCACCAAAGUAGGCGACAUUGAUAAGGUUGGAGAAGCACAAUGGCAGGACGGUUUGCAUGAUACGAGAGGGACUGGUGUUCUGAAGUGGAGAUCUGACGCCAAGGGCCCCUCCGGAGAUCAGGUGGACAAGUUAAAUCGAGAUAAUACACUGGGAUUCUUUGACUUGGAGAUAAAAAACUCUGAAAUAAGUGGGAGAAACAAAGGGGAGAAGGACAGGCAGGGUAAGAAAAGCCACAGUAAAGGGUCGGGUCAGGAAGAGGACGGACAAAAUGUGACCAGCAAGGAAGGGGAAGGACGCGUCAGCGUUGACUCGCUCACUCUGCCAAAGAAAGCUGGAAAAGGCAAAGGAGGUGGGCGCAAAAAGGACAACGGUCACUGGGGGCCUUGUCCCAACAGAGGAUGCACUUGGACAGCUGAAGGCCGGAGUUCCCGUAACACGGGGCGGGAGCUCCGGAAGAGGAGGAACAACACCCUGCACUCCAGACACGGUGCCAGACAUCUGCAGGUGGACAAACCCUCGGGGCCUGUCCUCCCUCCACCCGCGCUGCUCUCGCCCCUCUCAGACCUGCAGGUCGGAGGCAGGUGUAAGUGUAACGGACACGCUUCCAGGUGUCGCCGUGACGACGCGGGCCGCGCGGUGUGCGUGUGCGAGCACCACACGGCGGGGUCGGACUGCGAUGUGUGCGAGGAUUUCUACUUUGACAGACCGUGGCAUCGAGCGACGCCCUCUCAGCCGAACCCUUGUGUUGCGUGCGAGUGCAACGGCCACUCCAACAAAUGCCGCUUCAGCAUGGAGGUGUUCCAGCAGUCGGGCAGGAAGAGCGGCGGCGUGUGCCAGAAGUGUCGCCACCACACGGCUGGACGCCACUGCCAGUACUGCCAGAACGGAUACACCCGCGACCACGGCAAGCCGCUCCACCACCGCAAGGCCUGCCAACCAUGUCAGUGUCAUCCUCUGGGGGCCGUGGGGCGAUGGUGUAACCAGACGUCAGGUCAAUGUCUUUGUCGAGAAGGAGUGACCGGCCUCAGAUGUAACCGCUGUGCCCCUGGAUAUAAACAGGGGAAGUCCCCUCUACGGCCCUGCAUACGAAUUCAGGAGGUGGCUCCGACUCCAGCGUACCAGUCUCAGUACAGCGUAGCUGAGGAGUGUGUUUCCUACUGCCAACCCUCUCAGGUUAAAGUCAGGAUGAACUUGGAGACCUAUUGUCUAAAAGAUUACGUGCUGAAGGUGCAGGUGAGAGGGAUGGAGCGGUCAGGUCCCUGGUGGCAGUUCUCCAUCUCCGUACAGACCGCCUUCCGUACGGGCUCUACUUCCCGGGUCCGCAGGGGCCCCCAGUCUCUCUGGGUCCCCGACCGGGACCUGAACUGCGGCUGCCCGGCCCUCCACGUGGGCCGGACGUACCUCCUGAUCGGCGCGGAGGAAGGGGAGCGGGGCUGGGGCCCGGAGGAGAGUCGCCUGGUGGCGGACCGCUCCACGCUGGCCCUCCAGUGGCGGGAACACUGGAUCCACAAACUCAGAGGCUUCCGGGGGCAGGACAAACGGGGCCGCUGCCCCUCAAAAUCCCCGCACGGCCACCAGAGCCGCGGGGAGCACGCAAAGGCCCGCUCCUCCGGGUACAUCCCACCUCACCUGCUGACUGAAAAAGACUCAGAACCUCACGGUGCAAACGCACCAACCUCAGCGAUGCCACUCUCACACACGGACAGACAUAGAGUUCAGCCCACAAACACACCGCCAUCUUCCUCUUCUGCUCCUCUUCUGGCGUGUUCCACCCCAAGUCCUGGAUAAAGAAAGAAAAGUGUGGAGAAGGGAAAAGUUGGGAGACCUAGACUAUCAUUUUUAUCCUCCACCUGUCAGGACACUCCGCAGACUCCUGGUUUCAAAUUUAUGGUGCACUAACACUCGCCACAUUUGACCGUGUCACACGCUUGGACCCCCCCACCCCCACUAACGUUACCCCCGUCUCAAUUCUUCCUCAUCACCUAAAGCACCCGAUGUGAGUCACACAUGCGCUGGAGUACAGGAAACAGUUUGGGGGGGGGGGGGGCGGAGGGGCUGGGACAGAGCUAGAAAGGGGGAUACCCUUGUCUGUAUAAAAAUAUAAGAGUGCACAUCAAACAUCAGAUAAAUCCUGGCCUUUUUUCAUUACCAGAACUUUUAUAGGAAAUCCAAAUCCAGCUCUAUGAAUGUGGGAUAAAAAAAAAACUAGUGGGAGAAAAACCUCAAGCCAAACAGUGGCAAGAAAAAACUCCCCUUUAGGAGGGAAGAAACCUUGAGCAGGACCAGGCUCAUAAGGGGGGGCCCUCCUGCCGAGGGCCAGACUAGGGGUCGGGGACGUCAGCAGCACAGCAGGCAGGUGGAAGCAGCAACGGGAUGACCAGGGGUGGGGACCGCAGGCCAGCACGCAGCUCCCGAAGCUCCGGCCCAAUCAGCAAGUCCCAGGUUGGGGUGCAGGGUCGGGGAAAGGUUGAGAAGGGGCAGGGCCAGGGAGAGGAGUCUUGACGGACAAACUUCUCCCCCGCCUUCCCGGGCCGUUACCCUGCCUCUCUCACUCCCACGCUGCAGGAUCCGGUGUUUUGCAUUCAGAGAUACUCUUCGCCACCGGCAGAGGAUGCUGCACCAUGUACAAAAGAGAAAAAAGAGAAGAAAAGGGGGGGCCAGCACAAGAAACUACAGGAGCGACUCUAACACACUAGAGUUUACACUAGUGUCUCAUAGUCUCAUUCAUCAUUAGUAAUAUCAAAGGGAACUUUUACUUAUUUCAUUAAAAUUCAGACCAAAUAGGAAAAGCAAUCAUGUAAAUAAUAUCCCUAACUUAUUGUGAGUAGUGUAUAUCAAAACAAGUGUAUGUUUAUAUCUUGUUUAUCAAGUCUGGCAACGUAACUGUAGUUUGUCCAAGUGGUGUUGCCGUAUGUUGCUUUCCAAGAUGGCCAACGAUGUUGGACGCGACUGCGCAUGUGUGACUCAAAUCGGGUAGCGACUCACAUCGGGUAAUGACACCCAUGUACAGAAAACAAAACAAAACAUGGCAACUUUACUGACUUUGUGGCUUUUUUAUUCUUUCUUCAUUUCUCCUGUCAGACACAGAUACAGUACCGCUCACAUUUUUGACUUCUGGAUUAUGCCGCCACGUUGUUAAACAAUCAUCACGAGCAACUGUCACAUAGACACGUCAUACAUGCUCUGCAAAUACGGCCUCCUCCACAUACAUACCACAACUCCAAUCCAUGCACACUUCGUCCAGCUGUGCCGGAGAUCACAAACCGGACCAGACUUCCUCGUGCACCAUAACUUCUCGCUUUCUAAUCAAAGUUUUAGGAAAAAACUGCCGGGACAAAGAAGGAAACACAGAAAAACACACUCCUGUUUACACUUUCAGCUGUCGGUGUGUGUUUCUACGAUGGAUUAUUGGACAAAUACAAUAACAGUCAGUUUUCCACCAACACUGAUGGUGCUAUGUGAAAUAUAAAACAUUCAUAUUUUUCUAAAGUUGCAUUUGAAAAUUAAAGUCUGAAUGGUUGUGCAGUUUUUCUGUCUUUUAGUUUUAAGAUUAAAUAUUUUUUGAGUCAUAAUUAUUUAUAUUAUUUUACUCAAUGAGUAAAAUUGACCAUAAAUUCACAUAAUGGCAGAUUCUCUAUAAUUAAAAUCAUAAAUUAUUUUCUUCUCAUUAAAUGCAAAAGGUUCGGUUUGUGUUGUCGGUUAAAAUGUUCCUUUAAAUUUGGGAAGAAUUGAUUGUAUCUGCAGCCCGGACAGCUGACGCAGAGAUCUGUCCGGACAGAAAUCCUGGGAUACUCCGUCAGGAGCCCAGAUAACAGAUCUAAAAAGCAUCCGCCUGACUUGUCGUCAUGACUUCUGCUUCCAUUUGGGAGAUAUGGCGUAAUGGCUCAUGGGAAAUGGCGCCAGGGUUUUUUAAGACAGAUGGAAGAGCUCCCAUUUGUUGAGCGGUCAUGCUGUU